AUGGUAUACACUUCGUUGACCAAUGUCCCUCGCAACUUCAAGGAGGCCAUUGACUGGUUGAUGGCCGUGAGGGGAGAUGGUGCUAAAAGCAACGUAGCAGCAUUGGGUGCCGCACUCUUCAGUUCCCUGGCAGACAAAACUGUUGACAAGAUGGAGAUGCCGGCCCUCGAAGAAGUUAAACAUGUUACUAAAAAGUUCCUGGAUCAACCGGAGCUUAGGAACCAGUGGUUCGUAGGAGGGCUGGUUAAGCGGUACAACGACCUUAUUAAUAAAUCACCUGGAGGGUUAGCUAAGUACUUUCGGGUUGUUGACGAAUCCGAUGAGAACGUCUUAAAGGGCAAGGGUAUCACUGCUGGAUCCAUUGUGGAGAACCUUGACGAUGUUGUAUAUGGCACUGAGAUAUUCUUGGAUGAUAUUAAAAGCCCAGGCGAGUACGAGUCUGCUUACAGUCCAGAGGCUACGUGUAGUAAAUCAUGUACCCAAAAGCCGGAAGAUUGCGCAGCUGUCUUCGAGUUGAUACAAGCAUUGGGUUACGUAGAGCCAGAAUGCCGCGCUGGCAUGACGGCUUCGUAUGUCGGACGUGCUUUGAGCGGUUUUGAUGCAGAUACUACUGACUUUAUUUGCGACAUGUCUGGCUUCUGGGUUUUCAAAUCAUAA